CCACGGUCAGGACCCGAUCUGACUGAAUCCGCUCCCCACUCGACGAGCCUGGUACGUGCGGCCGGCGAGAAUACUCGCGCGCAUUCACGCAUGUGCUUAUUUCACCACAGACGCGGAGACCAACUGCCUCCGACUCUCAUCCGCCGUGGCCAGAGGUGUUUCUAUGCAUGGGUUCAAUCGAGAAUGGUUCCUCUUUACUCAACCAAACGGAAGCACAUCCUAGUUUGCCAUUGCCAGAUGCUUUUCUUGAUUUCCUCAAGGAGAAUGGGGUGGACCCUUCAAUUUAUUCUGCCAGCGACUCCAUUCCACGCUAUAUAAGGCUAAAACCUGGUGGUGAAUCCCAGCUGCUGGAGCUUGAAGCUGAGAUCAAAUGUAAGCCUGAGAAGGUUGUUUGGUUACCAGGGUUCUUCUCCAUCCCUCCCCAUAUUCAGAUAGCUAGCUCAGAUGUGUACCGGCAAGGAAAGAUCUAUGGAAUGGAUGCUGCAUCUGGAGCUGCUGUUUUGGCCUUGAAUGUCACCCCGGGAGAUAAUGUCCUUGAUCUUUGUGCUGCUCCAGGUGCCAAGUUGUGUAUGCUUUCGGACCUUCUUGGUAGCUCAGGCUCCCUAACCGGCGUUGAUGUUGCACGACAUCGUUUGGCAGCUUGUCGAACAAUGUUGCAGAAAUAUGCACUGGGAGACCGUUGCCGACUCUUUGUUGCAGAUGGAACUUCAUUUUCCCUCUUACCUUUGAGAGCUCACCUGGAUUUAAAAUCAAACCAUGAAUAUGGAAAGAAAUGCUCAGGUGCACCUGUAUGCAAUGAGUCAAAGGAUGUGUUUAAGGAAUGGACUCCCAAGAGACCAUGGAAAGAAAGAAAGAAAGCAAAUAAAGCUAGGAACAGUACUGACUCACAUUUAUUCCCAGUGGCCACAGAACCGGAAUUGAUAUUUUAUGGCAGACAUUCUGGAGUCAUUGGAAUCAGUAAAAGUGAAUUAUAUCAGACGGGAGGUCUCAGCAAGGCUUCUGAUUCUGGCUAUGACAAGGUCCUUGUGGAUGCAGAAUGCACUCAUGAUGGGUCAUUUAGACACAUUCAGAAAUUUGAGCAUUGGGGCUGGAAAACUCUUCAACGUCGAGUCUUGGAUGCACAAAGGACGGACACCUUGACACACCUCCAGGCAAAGCUUCUGACUAAUGGUUUCAGAUUGCUAACAGCAGGGGGUUCACUUGUCUACAGCACUUGCAGUUUAACUGUUGCCCAAAAUGAGGAUGUAGUUGAGCAGUUUCUAGCUACAAACCCUUCUGCAGAGCUAAGAGAGAUUGAUGUGGCGAAAAACUGGCCUUGUCGAAGCGGACAGAUUCCAAAGACCUUGCGAUUUGAUCCUUUGACAUCCCAAACCAGUGGACUCUUUAUUGCAAAGUUCGUGAAACUGGCGAGUUAGGCAAGGUGGGAUUCUUCCAAGCCGUGCAUAGCUGGCUGGACCUUAUCAUUGGCGAUUUGGACCUCAAAUCAAUGCGCUGAAUUCAAUCCAAGAGAAGCUUAGUACACUAACAAGGAACCAUGCAAUUUGCAGGUCCACAACACAUGCAAAUGUUGAAAUUGCGCAAGAUCCAAGUCGUACAACAUGAGGACCCCACCCCUAACAUUCACCAGCCAAAAAAUCAAGCAGGGAGGGACAUCAUGUGGACACUUUCAAGUUGAUGUAUGUACCUGUAUAAUUACAGUACCAUAUUUUGAGUACAUCAAAUUACCAAAACAUUACCUGCACAAAAAAAAUAAAAUAAUAAUAAUAAUAAUAAU